AUGGCUUCCACCAUGCAGCUCGAAUUCACUCAGGCGAUGACGGAUUUCAAGACGAUGUUUCCUGAUAUGGAUGACGAUGUUAUCGAGGCGGUGCUCCGAGCGAACCAGGGGGCGGUUGAUGCAACCAUUGACCAACUGCUAGCAAUGAGUACCGACAACCAGAAUGAAAGACUUCGUCUGGAGAUGGAGCGCGUUGAGAGCAGUUCACCGUCUCGGAAGAAAGAGCGGCGUAUUAUUUGUCGUAACGUCCAAAACGGUGAAGACAAUGAUACCACAGCUCUUGUAGACGUUGAAGACGAGUCUAUACCUCUGUCGGUUAAGAAGAAAUGGGUGCCAAGAAUGCUUGGUCCUUUACCGCCGAUGUUUCUUCGUAUACCACCCGGGACCGACGCAAGAAUCGACCUCAGCUUGGACAUGGAUGACGAUAGAAUUGCAACAUUCCUCCAGAACGAAGAAUUCAUGGCUGAGUUAAGAUGGAAUCAAGAGUUUAUAGCAGCAUUGGACAGCGAACAAGGCGGAAAAACCAAAUGCCAUGACGACGAAGCCGCUUUUAAGGAGAGACUUAAAAAUAUGGGAAAAUUAUCAAGAAAGAAAUUCGCACAGUUAUCUAGAAUGUUCACGCGCGGUGGUUCACGCAAGAGUGGUAACGCGAAGGUACCUUCUCGUGGCCCGCCUGACAGUCUGCUGCUUCAAGAGGAACACAGUGAUGAUGACGAUAGACCGCAGACGUUAAACAUCAAGAUAUAA